AUGCCGGCGUCGGCCACCGGCGUCGGGUUAGGCGAUGGUGUCUUCCGAGUCGUUGUCACGCUCGAUGCCGGCGUCAGAUUCGGCGUGGUCGGCAUCGCAGUCGUAGUCACCCUAGCAGCCGGCGUCGGGUUGGGCGUGGUAGGUCUCGGCGUCGUAGUCACACUAGCCGCCGGCGUCGUGUUGGGCGUGGUCGGCAUUGGGGUCGUUGUCGCCGAUGUAGCUGGAGUCGGGAUGAGCGCGGUUGGAUUCGGCGUUGUAGUGACACUAGCCACCGGUGUCGGGUUGGGCGAGUGCGGUUUCGGAGUCGUUGUCACGCUAGAUGCCGGUGUCGGGUUGGGCGCGGUAGGUUUCGGAGUCGUUGUCACGCUAGAUGCCGGCGUCGGGCUCGGCGUGGUCGGCAUUGGGGUCGUUGUCGCCAAUGUAGCUGGAGUCGGGAUGAGCGCGGUUGGAUUCGGCGUUGUAGUGGCACUAGCCACCGGUGUCGGGUUGGGCGAGUGCGGUUUCGGAGUCGUUGUCACGCUAGAUGCCGGUUUCGGGUUGGGCGCGGUAGGUUUCGGAGUCGUUGUCAAGCUAGAUGCCGGCGUCGGGUUCGGCGUGGUCGGCAAUGGUGUCGUUGUCACCGAUACAGCCGGUGUCCGGCUGGGCGUGGUAGGUUUCGGCGUUGAAGUCACCCUAGCCACCGGCGUCGGGUUAGGCGAUGGUGUCUUCCGAGUCGUUGUCACGCUCGAUGCCGGCGUCGGGUUCGGCGUGGUCGGCAUUGAAGUCGUUGUCACCGAAGUAGCCGGCGUCGGGUUGGGCGUGGUAGGUCUCGGCGUUGUAGUCACACUAGCCGCCGGCGUCGGGUUGGGCGAUGGUGUCUUCGGAGUCAUUGUCACGCUCGAUGCCGGCGUCGGGUUCGGCGUGGUCGGGAUUGGGGUCGUUGUCGCCAAUGUAGCUGGAGUCGGGAUGAGCGCGGUUGGAUUCGGCGUUGUAGUGACACUAGCCACCGGUGUCGGGUUGGGCGAGUGCGGUUUCGGAGUCGUUGUCACGCUAGAUGCCGGUUUCGGGUUGGGCGCGGUAGGUUUCGGAGUCGUUGUCAAGCUAGAUGCCGGCGUCGGGUUCGGCGUGGUCGGCAAUGGUGUCGUUGUCACCGAUACAGCCGGUGUCGGGCUGGGCGUGGUAGGUUUCGGCGUUGGCGUCACCCUAGCCACCGGUGUCGGGUUGGGCGAGUGCGGUUUCGGAGUCGUUGUCACUCUAGAUGCCGGCGUCGGGUUCGGCGUGGUCGGCAUUGAAGUCGUUGUCACCGAAGUAGCCGGCGUCGGGUUGGGCGUGGUAGGUCUCGGCGUUGUAGUCACACUAGCCGCCGGCGUCAGGUUGGGCGAUGGUGUCUUCGGAGUCAUUGUCACGCUAGAUGCCGGCGUCGGGUUCGGCGUGGUCGGGAUUGGGGUCGUUGCCACCGAUGCAGCCGGCGUCGGGUUAGGCGUGGUAGGUCUCGGCGUUGCAGUCACACUAGCCGCCGGGCGUCGGGUUGGGCAAGAUCGGCUUUUGGCGUCGUUGUCACCGAUGCAGCCCGGCGUCCGAUUGGGCGUUGGUAGGUCUCGGCGCUGUAGUCACCCCUAG